GAAUUGAACUGAUUUCUUUCCGAGUUUUGAACGCUGCAUCUAUCAAGAGCUCCGACUUUCCGACCUGAAGCUCACCGACGUCGUGAUUUGACCUCGUUUUUUUGCUGAGUUCCCAGUUGUCUUGAAAGCACCACAAGAGGCGGACGUUGAGUAGAUUCAUGAUAAACAGACUAGCUAACGGUUGCCAUCAUUUGACUUCCCUACGAACAGGCUUGGGAUAUAGCUAUCGUCAUCACCUAAUUCCAAUUGUGUGGAAGAGACAACACAUCAGGCUGUUGGACCUGACAGAAGAGCAGGCUCUGUAGGUGGAAACUCCCCACUGUCAUCAGCAGAGUGGCUGAGUGAGUCCAAGGCCAGUGGUGAGUGGAGCUUCUACCCCAGGCCCCCCCCAUCCAAAGGUCCAGCCAGCAUGUCCAGCGACCCCCCUCCUCCCUACCCUGGAGGUCCCAGCGCCCCUCUUAUCGAGGAGAAGAAUGGACAGCCAGCCGUUCCGGGCUCGGUGGCCCCUGUAACGACAGGUCCUCCUCAGGGGCACCCCCUGCCUCCAGACUAUGGCCCUCCGCCCUACGAGGCCACGCUACAGCCAGGCUUCUUGCCACCACACGUCCCAGGAGAUGGGGCCAUGCCCAUACCAUAUGGUGGCUUCUACCCUCCACCAGGUCACUUUGGGCCAGGUCACUUUGGGCCAGGGCAGUUUGGCCCGGGGCAGUUUGGCCCGGGGCCCGUUCAAUUUGGGCCUGUGGCAGGUCAGACGGCUCACACGGUGCUGGCACCCCCUGGGACAGCUACCACAGUGACCGUGCUACAGGGGGAGAUAUUCCAGACAGCACCCGUACAGACUGUGUGUCACCACUGCCAGCAGCCCAUCAUCACCCGCAUCAACCACAGCGUGGGCCUCAUGAACGCUGUCUUCUGCCUCUUCUGCUUCUUUGUUGGGAAGGUGGCGCAGCAGUCCUUUGUGGGAAAAUUUUGUCAUCAAAGUCUGGCAUUCUCUGGAUUUAUGUUGCUUCAAGACAACUGGGAAUUUGGUGUGAUCUGGGCUGCUGCUUGAUUCCCUGUCUGAUCGAUGAUCUCAAGGAUGUGAUACACACCUGCCCCAACUGCAAGGGCUACAUCUACACAUACAAGCGUAUUUGCUAACCACCAACAGACAGACACGUGUGUGUGUGUGUGUAUAUAUAUAUAUAUUAUGCACACAUUAACUCACAACUCGUUAUGGUUGUAGUUGCAGCCUAUGUUCUUUCUCCAACAUUUACUCAGUGUGUCGUGCUUCAUUUAGCCCUACUAACUUUACCCUCACUUUCUAAAGCACUUGUUCACACUCACUAUACUUACUGUAUAUCAUAGGAGGCUGGUGGGAGGAGCUGUAAGAGGACAGGCUCAUUGUAAUGGCUGGAAUGGAAUCCAUGGAACGGAGUCCAACACGUUGUUCAUGUGUUCGAUUUGUUUGGUACUAUUCCACUGAUUCCAUUCCAGCCAUUACAAUGAGCCUGUCCUCCUAUAGCUCCUCCCACCAGCCACCUCUGCUAUUUAUAUUGUCCAGACUCACUUACCUAGCUAUGUACAGGCAUUUAGAUGAGUGCUAGAUAGACAUGUCACACAGGACUGAACCUUAUCUAAAAACAGAAACCUAUAACAAUUGAGAAAAGAUGAGUUGCAGACAUGGUACAUCUUGCAUACUUUUUAAAAACGUAUUUGGUUACGGGAAGGCUUGGAAUUUGACAUUUUAUGGAGCAAACUUGAGGGGUAGAGAAAGGUCACACUUUGGGAAAGCUGUAAACAUUUGUCACUUUAAUCAAAAUCAUCAGCAAUUGCAGGGUCAGUAUUUUGUUGUUUUUAUAAUUAUUUAAUGUAAUUUAACAUGUUAAUAUUGAAGACAAUGAAGGUUACGUCCAUGUCUGAGACCUACUCUAUGUUUAUGUUCUAAUCACCCUGUUUGUCCUACAACCUUAAUGUAUAUCCAUUUCAAAUGUUACAAGGAAAUAACCAUGUAUCAGAUUUGUUAGGACAAACUCGAGUUGGUAAGACUGAGUUAAUUUAUUUUGUUUUUCUCACUUAAGUGAGAGAAGUAUGUGUUACUGUCUUUAUUUUUUUUAAUCCUCUAUGUGCUUUAGAUAGUCACUUGAUGUCCAGUGAUUUUUGCUAGAGAUGUUACACAAUAAUGCCGUCAUGUCCAUAUUAAUGUAUACAAUUUUGAUAAUGAAGCAAAUGUGUGCUAAUAUAAUGGUAUUGCGAAGUCACUUGAUGUCCAGUGAUUUUUGCUAGAGAUGUUACACAAUAAUGCUAGUCAUGUCCAUAUUAAUGUAUACAAUUUUGAUAAUGAAGCAAAUGUGUGCUAAUAUAAUGGUAUUGCGAAGUCACUUGAUGUCCAGUGAUUUUUGCUAGAGAUGUUACACAAUAAUGCCAGUCAUGUCCAUAUUAAUGUAUACAAUUUUGAUAAUGAAGCAAAUGUGUGCUAAUAUAAUGGUAUUGCGAAGUCACUUGAUGUCCAGUGAUUUUUGCUAGAGAUGUUACACAAUAAUGCCAGUCAUGUCCAUAUUAAUGUAUACAAUUUUGAUAAUGAAGCAAAUGUGUGCUAAUAUAAUGGUAUUGCGAAGUCACUUGAUGUCCAGUGAUUUUUGCUAGAGAUGUUACACAAUAAUGCCAGUCAUGUCCAUAUUAAUGUAUACAAUUUUGAUAAUGAAGCAAAUGUGUGCUAAUAUAAUGGUAUUGCGAAGUCACUUGAUGUCCAGUGAUUUUUGCUAGAGAUGUUACACAAUAAUGCCAGUCAUGUCCAUAUUAAUGUAUUCAAUUUUGAUAAUGAAGCAAAUGUGUGCUAAUAUAAUGGUAUUGCGAAUGCACAAGUUCCAAUGUGAAAUUUCAUACAUUCAUAAAACCAUAAUUGCCGUAA